AUGCUCCUCUCCUCCUCCUCCUCUUCAAAGACCAACAAUCCGUUGACACAGAUCCUGGUCCUGUACCACAAGGCAACUUCCACAUUCCUCCUCCGCCAACUCGCUUCUGCCUACUCGACCUCCCUCGAGGCCAUCGAGCUUCUCGCAAGGACCAACCAGGACUAUGGCCUCGACCACUCUGACAACAUCAACACCCAACGGUCCUUCUAUGUUCUCAAGCAGAAGCUCUGGAUCUUGCAUUCGACUAUCUAUGGCGCCAUGCUGACCGAUCGUGCUGCUUCAGAGGAGUCUAAAGGAAAAACUGGUGGAUUGUUGAACGGUGUUCGGAAAAGAGUCUCGGGAUCGUCUUCAAAGGAUAGUCCGGAAAAGUUAGUCAAGGAUCUGUGGAAGAGGCUUGUGGAAGAUUAUGCUGGAUUGGAGGGUGAUGUCGAUGGUCAAGUCAUGGUUCCCUUUGUGAUGAUGUGUGUGCAGCAAAAGUUGUACACUUUGGCGAGACAGAUCGUGGAGGCAUACUUGGCAACAAUCCCUGAGGGCAUGUUGAUUCAUCUGGAGACGGCUGCCGGCGUUUCCUUAAACCCUGAGGGACCCAAGGAUCCGUUGAUGACCAACUAUGAACGAUUGGUCGAGCUGUACCUUAUCCAUGUCCUUGCCAAGCUCGGCGAAUGGACCUCUGCCACCGACUUUUUGCAGUAUAACACCGUCCUCUCUGAUUCUUCCAAGAAGUCGUAUGGCAAGAUUCUGGAGAAGCUGCAUCAAAAGUCGUUGAGACCCAAAAAGACAAAGUCUUCUCUCCCUUCACUCGCCGACUCAAGAUCGUCCAACACUUCUGCUUCGCCCUCUGUUUCUUCGACCUCUGUCUCGUCCCCUACACUCUCAUCCGCAUCGACUAUGGGAUCCCCUGCUUCAACUCAUACUCUGGAAACCAGGAGCAACGGAUCCUUGCCAUCUUCACAACAGUCGAGCGCCACAUCCGCAGUCACCACAUCUGUGACGAAAAUGGCCACUACGACGGUUAUUGCUUCUUCAGGACGUUCCAAGGUCGCAGUGGGCAAGAAGGGAUCAGCAACAGCUGUUCAGGCAACAAAGACACAGGGAAGGUUGAUGAUUCUGCUGCAGCAUUAUGUUGACCAAAUCAAGGCCAUGUCGAGUCAGAUGGGAGCGAACCAGUUGAUGGUGAUCGUGGGAUUGGUGGUAUUUAUGGGAGUUUUGUCGCGCAACCGGACCAAGGCAUCGAAAUAUCUAAAGGCGGCAGCCAACAAAGUGAUGCAGACUGUCAAGAUGGGCACCACUGUCACCAGUAUCUGA